AUGGUCAAGGCACCAGAGACGAGCUACGAGGUCGACCGUAUCGAAACGGCGCCUGGAUACGAAGAAGAGCGCUUUGAAUCCCUCAAAGAAGCUGAUGACAGCAACUUUGAGGUUUUCAGGAGGGGAGAAGCAUCAGGAAUACUGGGUGUCUCUGAAGGCCUCAAUGCACUCUCUGGACAUGCAGUCUGUACCCAGUGGUUUACCUUCGUUGCUACUGUGAUUGUAGCAGCACUUGCGAGCAUAAGGAAAUUUGAGAAGAUAGCCUGGCUCGCCUGGUUGGGAUUUGGUUCCGCCUUUGUUGCUGUCUUAGUAGUUGUCUUCGGUGCCACCACACUUGAUCGUCCAGCUGCUGCUCCACAAACCGGUGAUUUCGAUUUGGGUUUUCAUGCAAUUGGCUCCCCUACUUUUGUAACCGGCGUUACAGCAGCAGCGACUAUCUUCUGCUCUAGUGCCGCCACGUCAGCUUUCCUCCCUGUUAUCUCAGAGAUGCGAAAGCCCCAAGAUUACCGAAAGGAUGUCUAUCUCUCCAUGAGCAUUCUCACUUCUUCUUACCUUGCUUUUGCGCUCGUCAUGUAUCGGUGGUGUGGGAACGUCGUCCAUUGGGCCACCUGGCUUUCGAUCACUGCCGGUGUCUCGGCCGUUAGCUUCGUCGUUGCAUCAGGGAUCCCCAUAUUCAACUACAUUCUUGCCCUUGCGGGAAGCCUAUGCUUUGCACCUUUAGCCAUCUCUUUACCGGCGUAUCUAUGGCUACAUGAUCAUUCUAGUUGGAGAACCGGGGGGGUUCUGAAGAUGGCCGUCUGGACAUGGAACUCUCUACUCGUUCUUGUCGGCGCAUUCAUGACCGUUGGAGCUACUUACGGUGUCAUCCAAGAAAUAAUUAAUGCGUACGCUGAUGGAACUAUUGGCUCUGCUUUUUCAUGUGCCGAUAACAGUAACUCUUCGUGA